CCCCGCCAGGGGAGACGGGCGGCCGCCGUACCUGGCGCCCUCUGCCCGGGAGGAGCUGCCCCGGCCCCGACGGCACCGGCGCCGAGCAGGACAUAGACUUUGGCUAUAUUUUUCACAACUGCGCGAAGCUAGAAAUCCGAGCGGAUGCCUGUGCCACCACCGCCACCUCCUCCUCCACCACCUCCACCACCUUCUGGAGGGCCCCCUCCACCACCACCUUCUGGAGGGCCCCCUGCACCACCACCACCACCACUGGUAAGCUCAGAGAUACCAAAAUUGCGAAAGGAAGACCAGAAAGCACGAAAUGCACUCUUGGCUGAUAUCCAGCAGGGAACUCGCCUAAGAAAAGUGACCCAAAUCAACGACCGCAGUGCACCACAGAUUGAAAAACCCAAAGGAGCUAACAGAGAUGGAGGUAACCCAGCUGUUAAUAAAGGUGGCUCUCAGCAGCCUCUGGGAGGUUUAUUUGCUGGUGGCUUUCCUGUUCUCAGACCAGCAGGCCAGAGGGACAUGACAGGGAGGCCUGGGCAGCUAUCUGGAGGCCGAGCACCAUCCCCCAGACCCUCCGCACCGCCGAGCAGCGGCGCUGCCAAGGCGAACAGCACCCCCUCGCCCCCGGCCGAGGGUCCAAGAGCAGCUAUCCCACCGGAGAUUCCCGGCACCUCCCGAGCAGCAGCAGGAGCGGGCCCCGGGCGGCUCAGCCUGCCCGCCCCCCCUCCACCGCCUCCCGCUUCCAGCAAGCCUUCCCUCACCUUCCCUCCUCCUCCCCCUGUGCCCCCUCCGGCCGAUCGCGCUGCCAAGACGGUGACCCCCGGCGCUGCUGCCCCGGCCCCGCUCCCUCCCCCUCAGGCUGACAAACCCAGCAAGCCUCAAGCAGGCGCUUCGCACCCGCCCCCGCCGCCCCCUCCUCCGCCUCCUCCCCCGCUGCCCCCCGUGCCCCCCUGCGGGCUGCCGGGCAGGGCCGCCGAGGCCUCUGCGGCCGCCGCCGCUCCGGCCGAAGGAAGGGACUGUCCCCUGCCCCCGCCACCGCCCCCGCCUCCUCCGCCGCCACACGCCCAACCCCCGCCCCCGAACCGGCUCUCCUUUCCCCCCUCCCCGGCCUUCAGCGGUGCCGACGUGCCCCCUCCGCUGCCCCCCAAGUCUCCCCACUUGCUGUCACAGGUCCAUAAGCCAAGCAACAUCCAGUCGCUGCCGCUGCCGCCCACCCCCGGCCCCCCUCAGCCCGCAGCCGUGGUGGAGACCAGGAAGAAGAGACCAGGCCGAGGCGCAGGAACCGGUGCUGGGAAGCUGGUCACACCUCCACAGCCACCUGCAAGAUCCCCAACAACUGAACUUACAAGCAAAUCUGGAGUCUCAGCCUGGGCUACAGCUCAUGACCCCUACACGCCACUUAAAAAUGGAAAUAUGCACAUCAUUGAUGACUUUGAAUCAAAAUUUACUUUCCAUUCUGUGGAAGAUUUCCCUCCACCUGAUGAAUUCAAACCAUUUCAGAAAACGUAUCCCAGCAAGAUACCCAGAGGUACUUCACAUGAAUUUUCAUAGCAGUCUCCUUCAGGCUAAAUUGUCUGCUGUAUAUUCUGACUUUUUACUGAAGGGCUGCAGAGCACAAGCAAUAUGUGUGUGUAUGUAUGUAAACAUAUGUAUGUAUAUAUCAGGGGUAGCAGAUAAAUGCAGUGUCCCUGCCAUAUAAGUGCAUCCAAAAUACCUAUUUAAAAUCUGUUCUAUCUAUUUACAGAUCCCUCUAAAAAUCCUCCAUUAAGAACACACGUGAGAUGAGAAGAGUCUUCUGAUGAUCUCUGGACUAGUGUUAAAAAAGAAGAUCAGGAUAAUAUAUAAGACAGAAGGGGUCCCUGUUGCCGUGAUAGAUUGUACUUGAGUCACAAGUACUGCAAUAUUAACAUUUCUAUAAACUGUAAAUCAAUAUAAAUUAUACCUUUUGAACUGGCCUACAUACUACAGGAACGUUAGGACAGGCUUUUAAUUACUGUAUAUAGGUGAAUAUUUUUUAAGCAAAGCAGCAUAAAAUUUAAAUUCUUUGUAGUGUUGAAACAAUUUUCAUUCUUAUUGUGCUGACAAUGUUACCUCAGAAUGUUUUGUGCUACGUGCCUGUAGUUCUUUUUUCCCCUUCCAUCAUAAUUUCUGGAAAUUCUCCAGUUCUUAUUUAGAUAUUUUUUCAAUGAACUGUCAAACUAAUAUGCUAUCUUUAGUCUGUUUUUAUGUUUCCUCACUUCUUCCAUUCUGCCUGGCCUCAGAUUGCAGCAGGAUGUCACUUUCAUGAAGAGAUGGGCCCACAAUCCUUUUCUUAUGAAGCAUGAAGAGGAGAUGCCAAGGAGCUGUGGCUGCUAAUGAGCAUACCUCCUAAUGAUUACAUAUCCUUAUAGGAUAGUGUCUGAAGAAGCCCAGCUGGGUGGGAUGGUUAUGGACUUGACAAAGAUGACAGAACCUUUCCAAAGCAGAGGAAAAGGAAGUUCUCUGUUGUAAGCAAGAAAAAGAAAUGGUGUGUGUGAAUACACAUGGUGUGAUGAGUGUAUGUAAGGACACGUGUCCUGUCUUUUCCUGCUGGCACAGUGGCUAUUUACCAUUUCUGCCAUAGAUUGCCUUUACUGAGCAAUUACAAAGCCUUUGGAUGAGGGGUCCAAAACCUACAUUUUAGAGCUACUACUAUUCGCUAGCAGUGAAGGUUCAUUGUCCAAAACACACCACAUGGAACACUCAGCCCCCAAAGUGGUUAUUGUCUCAAAUAGAGUUGGUUGGGAAAAGUAACAACCUAUCAGCAGACAAGACUUGAACUACUGCUUUUAAUAUUCAGACCUUGGGUAAGGUCUUUGGAUCACAGAUGUUUAGAUCUGGUCCUAAGAUGUCUAUUUCUGGCAUUUAUUACCCUUAUUCUUGUGCAUUGUGAGGAGAGGUACCAGGGAGGUGUCAGGGAAAUGAUCUUCCACUCUGCUCAGCACUAGUGAGGCCACACCUGGUGUGUGGCCACAUGUGCUGUGUCCAAAUUCUGGGCUCCCCAGUGCAAAGAAGACGUGGCCAUGCUGAAGAGAGUCCUACAAAAGGCCAUAAAAGUAAUGAAGGGGCUGGAGCAUCUCUCCUAUGAAGAAAGGCUGAGAGAGCUGAGACUGAUCAGCCUAGAAAAGAGAAGGCUCAGAGCGGAUCUUUCCAAUGUAUAUUUGAAGGGAGGACAUAAAAAUGGAGCCAGACUCUUUUCAAUGAUGCCCAGUGACAGAACCAGAGGAAAUGGGCAACUGCAACACAAGAAGAGCUAUCAGAACAUCAGGAAACACUUUUUGACUGUGUAGGUGACUGAGCCUUGGAACAGGUUGCCCGCAGACCUUGUAGAAUCUCACUCCUUAAAGAUGCUCAAAGGAUCUGGACUUUGACCUCAGCAACUGGCACUAGGUGACCCUGCUUGGCCAAGGGUGUUGGAUCAGAUGACCAUCCCUUUCAAUCCCAAGCACCCUUUGAUUCAUCUUUUUACUACUUUUCUGGGUUCUUAGACCUGGGUUACAACAACCCAAGGCACCGCUGGGGGCAGAGUGGCUGGAAAUCUGCCUGACACUAAAGGACCUGGGUGUGGUGGCUGUCAGUGGCUAAACAUGCUGAACAGGGGCCAGUGUGUGCUCAGGUGGUCAAGAAGGCCAACAACAUCCUGGCUUGAGGAGGUUCAGAGGAGACCUUAUUGCUCUCUGUAACCCAAAAGGAUACUGUACCAGUGUGGGGGUCAGUCACUUCUCUCAAGUAACAAGGCACCGGACAAGAAGAAAUGCCCUCAAGAUGUGCCAGGGGAGGUUUAGAUUUGAUAUUAGGAAAAACAUCUUCACCAAAAAGGUGGUCAGGCAUUGGAACAGGCUCCUCAGGGAAGUGGUGAAGUCACCAUUUAAUACCUACAGGUAUUUAAAAGACUUGUAGAUACAGCACUCAGGUGAUCCCUCAGGUUUUAGCUUUUACAUUUUUCAGAUUCUGUACUUUUUUAGUGUGUACUUCUGAGCUUCAUACUAGGGGAUAGUAAGCUCUCAUUAUAGAGUAGGUAGACAAAGGACCCUUGGUCCUGGGGACCAAGGACAAAUGAUCCAAAUUUCAGACCCAAGAAUGUAAACAAUGGUGGAAUGAAGAGAGAAAAUCAAGAAGGAUGGGACUUCAUAAUCUAAAGCUAUAAUUGGAUAAUUAACUCCAAUAUGCUAAUGGACCAGAACUUAUAAAAGUGAGAGAUCUCAUGACUGGUCGUCCAUUUUGUGACCAUUUUGGGUUCAUCUUGGGUGUAGCCCUGGCUGGGCUCUUGUACUGCCCAAGGUGUACCCAUUGAGGCCUUCUAAUAAUACCUGCUUUAUUCUUUAACUCCGUCUAGUCUCUGUUCUAGGUCAGCCUUCACAAGGCAUCAUAGGGACAUGGUUUAAUGGUGGACAUGGCAGUGCUGGGUUAACAGUUGGAUUAGAUGAUCUCAAGAGUUGUUUUCCAAUAUAAAUGUUUCCAUGGGUCACCAGCCUGAAAAAGAACACUGCUGUUGCCAGGGUGACUCUGGUGCUCACAGCCAGGCUAUUACAGUUAUGGCAUUAAUUUAUAUAACUGCCAUCAAUUCCCUUCAGUUAGAGGUGUGAUAAUGUUUUAGAUCACUGAUGAUCUCUCCCCAUGGUGUUGCCUUCGAACAAAACUUUUUUGAAAAGACAGGUUACUGUAUCUUUACAUCCCUGGUUUUCUGUUUGUUGUUACAGCAGCUCAGUUAGGCUGUAACUAUUCCCACACACAUGCACAUUCAUGGUUUGAGAUGGUGUAGGAGUAAGAAGCUCUUCACCCACAGGACUCCAAGAAAGCAACAUUAGUCUUUUUCUAGCCUAUUAUGAUAACUUGCUGUACAUCAUGUGAAAAGGAAAAAAAAAAGUGGUGAUGCUUUGACCAAUAGUGUCAUUUACUGUAGUUACUUGAUAAAUAUGCAUGAAUGUAGUAACAAGCAGGGGUCUACAUCUACAUUGCUUCUCAAACAACUGGAAAAGUUGAAUACUGUUUUAAAAACUAUUUUGUUAUAGUACAAUUAAAAGUGGCAUAUUGUUGGCUCUCAUUUAUUCUGAAAUUUGUGUACUGCUCCGUAGUAAGUACCUUCCUAAGGAUUUUAAAACUAAUUCUAGACUACCUGCCAGCAGAUAUAUCAAGGAGAAGAAAAUUUUACUCCAUUUUUUAUUAUGGUUUGGGUACUUUAGAAAUAAACAACAUCUUCCAGGGAUGAAAUGAGAAA